AUGAUUCGAGAGAAUUUCUCCUUCACUGUCACCCCCCUGACCUCAGCGGAGGUGGAGACGAUUGCUAACUUUGGAGGCAGUUCGCCGACGUCGGAAACGGAAACAGAUGGCUCGCCGACCACUGAACCGCAGGAUCUACUUAUUGCCCGGUUAGGCACGGCUCACGCGCUGCUUAACCUCAUCGAGACCGGAAAUCAACUUUUGCUGGACACACAAGUCCUCGAAUGCGUCAGGAAGUGCAUUUUUGCCCAAUGUAAGUGUUCAUGUUAA